AUGGCGAAAAUGAUGCAUCGUCGUGGCUCGACGAUAACUGAGCCCCCUUCGUUCGCAUCAGACCUGGCUCUUGUUAGCCCUCGCAUGGCCAGUCGCCUGGUCACACCUCACAUCGCUCGCACCUUGUCCUCGGCUUCUCAUAGGCGAAGCAGGUACUCCAUGCAGAGGUGCAGAACAGAACACAAGGGCCGCCCAGUCCCCUUGCCGAUCGUCUCAGAAAGGUACAAGGCAAUGCAGGCAGUCGUCGACGACAAGGGUCCCGGGUUACCCUUCUGGACUACAAAGAACGACAUUUUAUUCUCCGGUCUCACACGCAAGAGCCAACCCGCCAGUCCUCAUACAGAAGCAGCGGCUAGCCAGCAAGAGGCCAGAGAGCCCAUUCCCAGCUUUGCUGCCCUUGCUUCCCACCGCUUCGUUCGGACACAAGCAGAUCAAGACCCUCACGCCAUACCCUUCUGA